CUCGGCCUCUAUCUCAUUUCCCACCCACAGCUGGCAGUGCAAUGCACUGGGCGUAACUUCGGCAUUGCGAAGGCGAGAAAUAUCGCGAGAGAAAGAGAGAGUGAGCGUGAGCGAGUGAAAGACCGAAAGUGAUCGAGAGAUAUUGAGAUCAAGAGAUACCGUUCUCGGCUUCCCCCUUCUGAUGGCUCCCCCUCGGCAUAAAACUGGCAGCCCGGCCACGGCACUUGCGCUGGUGGCGGCUGUGCUUGUGGCUGUCUCAUGGCUGCUGGCAGUCGUUGCAGGCGCCCCGGGCCCCGACUUCGGGGCCUAUGCCGACCCUCUGGAAAAGUCCCUCAAUGGCCAAGUCAUUUCCACCUCCGCUUCGUAUGCCCUCCGUGUCCUCACUGAAACCCGAAGCCGGCGAGCCAUUGGCGACUCCAACUGGCCCGUCCCUGGCCCGGCACCCGCCCUGCUGGAAACAUCCCUCUUGCAGCUUUCCUCGGCCUCAUCGGCCCUCUCGGCGUCAGGCUCCACGGAUCCAAACUGCCCGCCCUCCGGCGAGGUUGUCGUUACCUGGACCGGCGUGGGCAUCUCCGCCUCGGUCCUCAUCAUCAACAUUCUCCUAUCGGUCGCCUUUGGUCUUAAGCUGCACUUUGGGGUCAUUGUUUCGGCCAUCCGCUGCGCCCUCCAGCUGACCCUCAUGGGAUUCAUCCUGACGCCGGUCCUUGAGGAGGACAACAUUUACAUGGUCUUCGGCCUGACUUCUCUCCUCAUGCUUCUGGCCAGCUUGGAGACCACAUUCAACAAGGGCCCACGACGCAUCAAAAACAUGUUCUGGAUCGUGGCCGGCUCCAUUGUCCUGUCGAAUCUGUCGUGCUCCAUCUUCGGGACGGUUCUCUCGCUCGGGGCAUCGCCCUUCUGGGAGCCGGCCCUUUUCGUGCCAACCGUCGGCAUGAUGGUCGGCAACUCCAUGGCUGCCGUGGCUCUUGGCGUCCACCACGUCUUGGAUUCGGCGGAGAAGGAUCGCCAGCGCCUUGAGUGGCAUCUGGCCCUUGGGGCUUCCCGCUGGGAGACUGCCCAGCCACUGGUGGUGGCUGCCCUGCGCAUUGCCAUGCUACCAACUCUCAAUGCCAUGAGCGUCAUGGGACUGAUCUCCAUCCCAGGGACGAUGACUGGCCAGAUCCUCGCCGGCGCCGACCCGAUGAACGCCGCGCGCUACCAGCAGGUUAUCAUGUUCUUGAUGACCGCCUCGACCAUGCUCUCGGUCACUGGCGCUGUGACCGCCGUGGCAAUGACCCUCUUUGACAAGAGUCAUCGGCUCCGUCUGGAUCGCAUCACAACUCGACCUCUGUGGCCGACACGCAUGGCCCGCUGGAUUGGCCAGCGGGUCUUCAACCGGCGCCCAGCUGAGCAGGGUCCCGACUCCCGGAGUUCGUAUGCCCCUCUGACGACCGAGAGGAGCCAUUCCUCCGGCUCGCUGGUAGUCGACACAGGACAUCCAGCCCAUCCGGUCGACCCGGCCGUGUGUGCCAAUCCCCACUGCCCCGGGCGUUCGGAGACCUGUCGUCCGGAUACCGGAGUCGCCUGCGAUGCUGAGCCCAUCCCCGUGCCCUCGCGCAGCCGGUCCUCCAGUCGCCUCUCCCAUGGCCCAACAUCACCCUCCUCCUCCGUUGGCUCUAACGAACACACCUGGUAGGCAUUCUCCCCGGGUCCCUCCUCCUCGCUCUCCCC